AUGUUGUCGCUAAUACUUUCUGCUCUACUUGCAUCGCCAGUUGCGCAGGGUCUUGUAGUUCCUCAACUAGUGGAACUACAGAAAAUCGGUACACAGGACGACAUCUUUCCCUACCUAGCGGGUGACGCACCUUACUUCUCAUACCCAAAUGACUAUGGUAUCCCAAGAGAGGCGCCCGAGAGUUGUGAGAUGACUCAGGUUCAGCUGAUCGCUAGACAUGGCGAGAGGUAUCCGUCGAAAAGUAGAGGACGCAAGCUUUUCAAGACUUGGUACAAACUAUCCAACUACACCAAGACUUUCAAUGGCUCUUUGUCCUUCUUAAAUGAUGACUAUGAGUUUUUCAUCCAGGAUUUGGACAACCUCGAACAGGAAACUACGUUGGAGAAUUCUGUGAACCCAUUGAACCCUUAUACUGGUGAAAUGGAUGCAAAACUGCACGCGCGUGAUUUCCUACAGCAGUACGGUAAUCUUCUGGAGAACAAUACUAAUCUGACUGUUUUCGCAACUAGCUCCAGAAGGGUUCAUGAUACUGCUAAAUACUUCAUUGAUGCACUGGGAUCAGAUUACAACGCUACCUUGCAAGUCAUUGACGAAGAGCCCUCAGCAGGUGCCAACACCAUAAGUGCCGGAUAUUCAUGUCCCGCAUGGAAUGAAUCAGCUUUUAGCAACAUAACUGAUGCUUAUUCCGACAAGUACCUGGAAAAUAUCGCUAAAAGACUGAACAAGCAAAAUCCUGGUUUGAACCUGACCAGCUCUGAUUCUUUCAUGUUGUUCAGUUGGUGUGCAUACGAGAUUAGUGCCCGUGGUUACAGUGAUAUUUGCGAUGUUUUCACUCAGGAUGAGCUUAUCAGGUAUUCUUACUACGAUGAUUUGUCAAAUUACUACUCGGAUGGUCCAGGUUACCCAUUAAUUAAGGACGUCGGUUCAAACCUUUUCAACGCCACAGUGAAGCUAUUGAAACAAAGCGAAGAAUUGGAUCAAAAAGCUUGGUUAAGUUUCACCCAUGACACAGAUAUCUUGAACUAUCUGACGACCGUUGGUUUAUUUGAUGAUGGCAACCCAUUGAAUGCUACCUACGUCCCAUUCCGCGACCAUGUAUUCCAUAAGUCUUGGCAAGUUCCAAUGGGUGCAAGAGUAUACACUCAAAAGUUUCAGUGCUCCAAUGAAUCUUACGUUAGAUAUGUCGUAAACGACGCUGUGAUCCCAAUUGAAUCAUGUUCUUCUGGUCCUGGUUUUUCAUGCCCAGAAGAUGACUUUUACGACUACGCCGCCAGUAGAUUACAAGGCUUGAAUUUUGCUGCUGCUUGCGAUGUCACCUCGGUUAGCAACGUCACCAGCUUGACCUACUACUGGGAUUACAAUACCACGAAUUACAAUGCUACGCUUUUAGAUCAGUAA